AUGGAGUUGAUUUCAGGUCUGCCAGAGGACGUUGCCCGAGACUGUUUAAUUAGGGUACCGUACGAGAAAUUCGCAGCGGUUGCAUCUGUCUGCAAAGGCUGGAACUUGGAGAUUCACUCGCCGGAGUUUCACCGGCGGAGGAGAACAACGAAACACGCACAGAAAAUCCUCGUCACGGUUCAAUCACAGAUAGACUCGGAAAAAACCCGAACCGGCAUGCUCGCGAAGUCCUCAGCGAAUCCGGUUUACCGGUUGAGCGUGUUCGAGCCGGAGACGGGUAUGUGGAGCGAGUUGCCCUUAGGACCCGAACUCGCUUCCGGGUUGCCCAUGUUCUGUCAGAUAGCGGGUGUCGGGUGCGAGCUUGUGGUAAUGGGCGGGUGGGACCCAGAUUCGUGGAAAGCUUCGAAUUCGGUUUUUAUCUACAAUUUCCUGUCGGCCAAGUGGCGGCGUGGGGCCGACAUGCCGGGUGGGCCCCGCACGUUCUUCGCGUGCGCGGCGGAUCAAGAUCGCACGGUGUACGUCGCGGGCGGGCACGACGAGGAGAAGAACGCGCUGAGGUCAGCGCUUGCGUAUGACGUGGCGAACGACGUGUGGGUCGCGCUCCCGGACAUGUCCCGCGAGCGCGACGAGUGCAAGGCUGUGUUCCGCCGCGGCGCGCUCUGGGUGGUCGGAGGCUACUGCACGGAGAUGCAGGGGCGGUUCGAGGGGAGCGCGGAGGUGUUCGACGUAGCGUCGUGGAGGUGGGGCCCGGUGGCGGAGGAGUUCUUGGAUGCAGCCGCGUGUCCUCGCACCUGCGUGGACGGUGGGGAUGGUGCGGAAGGGGAAAUGUACAUGUGCCGCGGCGGCGACGUGGUGGUGUUGCGAGGGGACACGUGGCGAAAGGUGGCAAAGGUGCCGGGUGAGAUCCGGAACGUUGCGUGCGUGGGAGUGUGGGAAGGGGCUUUGUUUGUUAUUGGGUCGAGUGGGUUCGGGGAACCGCAUAUGGGCUUUGUGUUGGAUCUGAAAACUGGGGCUUGGGCCCGAGUGAAGAGUCCAGAGGAGUACACCGGGCACGUGCAAUGUAGUUGCCUUUUGGAAAUCUAG